CAUGCGCAGAGCAGCAGCGCAGUUUAAUGAUGGCGUCCAGCGCAGCGACUCGCACCGGAGCCGCCGCCGUUAAAGCCGUUAAACCGAUCUUCAGCCGCGACCUGAGUGAAGCCAGGCGCAGGGCCCGAGAGCUCUACCGGGCCUGGUACCGAGAGGUGCCCAACACAGUGCACUCGUUCCAGCUGGACAUCACGCCGCAGCAGGGUCAUGAGAAGCUGAGGGAGAUGUUCGACAGGAACAGACACGUGACGGACCCCCGCGUCAUCGACCUGCUGGUCAUCAAGGGGAAGAUGGAGCUGGAGGAGACCAUCAACAUCUGGAAGCAGAAGACACACAUCAUGCGCUUCUUCCACGAGACCGAAUCCCAGCGUCCCAACGACUUCCUGUCCAAGUUCUACCACGGACACGACGCCUGACCCCUGACCCCGGAGUGUGUGGUGAUAUAUUCUUCUUCUGGACUGUAAAUAAACCCUGAUGCUGAAGCUC